CCCCCCCAAGUCCGCACACCGCGCCUACCAACCAACCCGCCCAGCCCACGAGCCAAGCGACGAGCAGCCCAUCCGCCGAAACGCCCUGCCGUCUCCCGAGCUGCCGGAACGCGGCGGCGGCGGCGGGCUGCUGCAGCGGGAGCCGAGGUCUCGACUCCACCCCCCAGGCAGCGGGACACUUGGGGGAGGCGGCCGGCCGGCGAAUGCGAUAGGAGGCGGCGGGGAUGGGGUCCAAGUACACGCGCGGGUGCUGCGGGUGGCUGAUCGUGGCGCUGAUUGCGGCGCUGGUGGCCACGGCGGCGAUGUUCGCCAUCAUGAAGCGCAAGCCCGGGGGAGGGGGCAAACACCUCAAGCCGCUCCCCGUGCCGGGGCCGCCGGGGGCCAUCGACUCCAAGUACGGCGACGCGCUCGGGGUCGCGCUCCAGUUCUUCCAGGUCCAGAAGUCGGGGAAGCUGGAGAACAACCAGAUCCCGUGGCGUGGGGACUCGGCGCUGACCGAUGGGAAGGAAGCGGGGCUGGAUCUUUCCAAGGGAAUGUAUGAUGCUGGGGAUCAUAUGAAGUUCACCUUCCCGAUGGCGUUCACUGCGACUGUGCUUGCCUGGUCGGUUCUGGAAUAUGGGGAUCAGAUGAGCGCGGCGAAGCAACUGGACCCUGCACUCGAUGCGCUCAAGUGGAUUACAGAUUUCCUUAUCGCUGCACAUCCUUCUGACAAUGUGUUAUAUAUUCAGGUUGGCGAUCCUGAUCUGGACCACAAUUGCUGGGAAAGGCCGGAAACAAUGACUGAGAAAAGACCACUCACACAGAUUAACAAGAAAUCUCCUGGAUCAGACGUUGCUGCUGAGGCCGCAGCUGCUAUGGCGGCAGCUUCAAUGGUCUUCAAAUCCAGUGAUACUACAUAUUCUGAUGUGCUUCUUCAACAUGCCCAGAAGCUAUUUACUUUUGCUGAUACUUAUAGAGGCCUUUCAAGUGACAGCUAUCCAAAGCUCCAAGACUUCUAUAAUUCCACUAGUUAUGUUGAUGAACUUCUAUGGGCAGCAAGUUGGCUCUAUCAUGCCACAGGAGACCAGACAUACCUCAGUUAUGUAACUGUACAGAAUGGAAAAACUUAUGCUGAUUGGGGAAGGCCAACAUGGUUCAGUUGGGAUGACAAAAAUCCAGGCACACAGGUCCUUCUGUCUAGACUAAAUUUCUUUGGCUCCAAACAGAUAUCUAAUGCUGAAAAUGAGGGGUUAAAGUCGUAUAGAGAUACUGCAGAAUCUGUCAUUUGUGGUCUAAUUCCAGAUUCCCCGCAAGCCACUGCUAGUAGAACUGGAGGAGGGUUGAUCUGGAUUAGUGGGUGGAAUUCUCUCCAGCAUGCCACAAAUGCUGCAUUUCUAGCUAUUGUUUACAGUGACUACAUGCUCUCAACACAGACUGCGGCGGUGCAGUGCAGUGGAAAGUACUACAGCCCUACUGAUAUACGCAAUUUUGCUGCAUCACAGGCCAAUUACAUCUUGGGAGACAACCCUAUGAAGCUUAGCUACCUUGUUGGAUAUGGGAGCGUCUAUCCACAGCAAGUACAUCACAGAGGAGCGUCGAUCCCCGCAGAUGCGAAAACAGGCUGCAAAGGAUUCCAGUAUCUCCAUUCACCCGAUCCAAACCCAAAUGUUGCAAUGGGCGCCCUGGUGGGUGGACCAUUCCAGAAUGACACUUUCGUCGACUCUCGGGACAAUGCUCUACAGACGGAGUCCAGCACUUACAACAGUGGCACUCUUGUCGGUCUGCUCUCUGGUCUGGUCACCACUUCCUCCGUGGCACAGUCAUUCACCUAGAGGCCUCAUGUAUGUUUCGGCAAUGGCUUUGAUCAACAUGGAGGGAUGGUGCAUGUACAAUCGCAGUUUUUUGGCGAGGCCGAUGGUGAUUCGCGAACAGUGACAAAAGCAUGAUUUGCCAUCAUUUAGAUGGAUGGUUAGCACUUAGCAGUAGUUGUUAGUGCCGCAUUUCUUCUGUUUGUAUAAUUGAUGGUGCUGCUCCUGCAGCUAUAAUUUUUCACUGUGUGCUCCUAUCUGGUUUGCUGGUAUACCACUAAGGCUGUAACUACGAGUAAUGUAUUUUUAGGACAGAUUUCAUUUGUUGAUUCUGUGGCGAGGUGGUUCUGUUGGAACUGAUCUUGGCUUAAUCAAAGAGGAUCGAGUCCUUAGGGGUUAA